CAGGCGAGAACUUGGUCGAGUGAGCUUAGUUCAGCCUGGAGACGCUGGGAAUUGUGGUAUGACGAGUCGAAUCUACCAUUCUUUACGCCACUGGUGGACGGUGAAGACGGGAAGAAAGUGCUUGGAGAGGACUAUCAGGUCUUGUUGAAGCGGGUGUUACCGUUGAAGAAGAGCCGUGAUGCCUUUAAGAGGAAGAUCUUAUAUGGAUUCGCUCUGGCAUAG